ACGACGACGACGACGGCAUCAGAGCUGUUUUUCCCCUGUUUUAUAUUUGGAGUCAUCAAGCAGGUUUCUAGCUGAAGAGAAGAAGGGAGUGAUCUACUCUUUGGGAUCAAGCAGCAGCUUUUCCGAUGGCUUCAGAUGCUGUACCAUUCCUAUAUGAUACUGGAAAAAGAACUAAUUAUGUGAACCUUGGACAUGAACAGCAAGUGGAGCAUAUCAAAGCAUACGUUUGCAAACCAUCUUUUGACACGGACAAAGCUGUGAUGGUGAUUCAUGACAUAUACGGAUGGCAAUUCCCAGACAUUAGAUACAUAACUGAUCUAGUGGCAGCUGCGGGAUACGUCGCCAUCUGCCCAGACUUUUUUAUGGGAAAAAAACCUUGGACAUCUGCUGAUCACUGGGCUAAUUUUCGUGACUGGCUGAAAGAUCGAGAACCCACAAAAGUGGACAGGGAAGCUGAUGUUGUCUUGAAGUAUCUAAAGGAGCAGUGCAAUGCAAAGAAGAUUGGUGUCGUUGGGUUUUCCUGGGGCGGAAUGGCUGUACAUCACUUGAUGCUGAAAAAUCCUGAAUUAAAGACUGGGGUGUCCCAUUAUGGAAUAAUCAGAGACUCUGAUGACAGAUACAAUUUGCUGAACUCAACCUUUUUCAUUUUCGGGGAAAAAGAUCACACCAUCUCACAUGACCAAGUUAUAUUAUUGGAGGAGAAACUGAAACAGUACUGUCAAGUUGAAUACAGAAUUAAAGUUUAUCCUGGACAAGUUCAUGGUUUUGCAGAGUUAAAGCCAGAAGAUAUGAAACCUCGUGAUAAACCUUAUAUUGAAGAAGCAAGAAAGGAUAUGAUGAACUGGCUAAAAACACAUAUUUAACAGAAAUAUAAAGUCUAGUCUUUA